GGUCGCCUGUGCUUACGGUAGCUUCUGUGCCCGAGCGGGGUUGGCUCUUCGCUGGGUAUCAUUCUGGAGCCUGGUGCUGAGUAAUGUUGGUUGGUGGGUAAGCCGCGGGAGGCCGCGGAUCAGAUGCCCGCAUGAGCUACAGCGGCAGCUUCCAAGAGGGAGGUGCAUCCGAGCUUGUCAGUGCCGCCUUUCUUGACGGCGCGUCUUGGAGUGCAGCACUUUGGCUGUUCCUGGGCUUGGUGGGCACGGCAGCUGGAUGGCAGCAUUUGGCGCCGCAACUUCCCGUCGCCAUGGCUUCUUUUCGCACCGGGUUUCUGUCCUGGUUGAACAAUACGCGAUAUCGAAUUGGAAACACGGCCGAGAUUCGGACGGGGGAGAUGAUGUUCCUGUUGGGGGCGGCUUACCAAGUGCCACCGCGACCAGAUAAAGAGGCACCAGAGGAAGAGCAGGCGGCGGCGCGGGAGGCGUUGCGGAUGUUUGCCCAGCAACUCGAAGAUGACGUUGCAACGCGGAUCUGGUUUACCUAUCGCAAGGACUUUCCGCCGCUACCAUCCUCGCGAAGGACCACGGAUGUGGGCUGGGGCUGCAUGCUGCGCUGUGGGCAAAUGAUCCUGGCGACAACCUUAAUGGCUGUGCUGCAACCUCGGGUUCAUCACUUACUCAAAUAUACAAUGGAAAACCAUCAUCUCAAGGCAGGACGAUUCCAAGGACCGUCAUCCGUUGGCUCGGCCCUGCUGCAUCAGGUGCCCUCAGCGCUUGCACAACUUAAUCAGUUUCGCGACGAGGAAGUCAAGCUUCGGACUUACUUUGCAUCAGACACCUUGGUGAUCCUCGAUCAGUUGCGGCCUGAAGAAGGACAAGCCGAGUUUGAGCCAAUUAUGCUGGUUUUACCUCUACGACUGGGAAUUGAGAAGAUUGGGCCCCAGUAUCAUGCACGUUUGCAGCUCUUGCUGCGUCAGCCGUGGUGCAUGGGCUUUAUUGGCGGGCACGACAAGCGGGCCAUGUAUAUUUUUGGCUAUCAAGGGCAUCAGUACUUUGGGUUGGAUCCCCAUCGCUGUUCUGCGGCGGUUGCACAGUCCACGGCAGAGCUUCGGGAUCGAUGGGUCGAAGUCCGGGACUCGUUUCACACCUCCAAGCUGUCGGGCAUUGAGCGAGACGAUUUGGACCCAUCGCUGGCUGUCUUUCUGCUGGCUCGCACGGCAGAGGAGCUGGAUGACAUGUUGUCGGUCAUUGGUCAGCCCACAUCCGAGGACCGGCCCGGACCGGCGCUUGUCAGCGUCGUCCAGCAUUCACCAGUGGGCUUGUUUUAAAGUUGUCCGCACUCAUUUCCUGUGCGCACACGAAUGGGCCCUAAAUGAACCGGCAAUGUUCACUGUCUUCGUGGCCAGGAUUUGGGCGGGGACCAAAAAUGGACCCGAUUCGGACCCCCAACUCUGGACAUGUUUUGACGGGUGCUCUGUCCCUCUCUUGCUUUGGUUGUUUGUUGGCUGUGAUUGUGGAGCUGAGAGGUUGGACGAGCGUUUGUUUUUGUAAUUAAAAUGUACUUAUUUUUGGUCGGAAAUCGAUUCAAAAGGU